AUGAGUUUCGUACGACCAUUAUCGCUCGCUGCUCGAGACGCGAUUGAAAAUCUCCCAAUGGACUUUACAAGUGCCCGUUCAAUGGCACAACGCCAGCAAGUUCUCGAGGCCUUCGCGCAACUCGAUUUUAUUUACCAAGGAUCACAACGUCCGAAAUUGUUCCAGCUUUUUUAUGACCGCAAGGAUUUUUUCGUCAAUGUCGAGGCCAAUAUUGAGAUGGCGGGAGGGGAGCCGACCAAACUCGGAGCAGCCGAUCUUGCUGCCGUCCCUCUCUGA